UGCGUAUUUCCAGCCACGCUGGGUGGAAGGGAGACGAGACGUUGCUGUCGUUUUUAGUGGCGAUUUUGACAAUUUCCUUGUGGAAAGAUACAUAUAUCUAUUUUUUAAAUUAUCAUCAUUUAAGAAUGGGCGUUGAAAUCGAGACAAUAUCGCCAGGAGACGGCAGGACAUUUCCAAAAAAAGGACAGACAUGCGUUGUUCACUAUAUAGGAAUGCUCCAGAAUGGCAAGAAGUUUGACUCUUCUCGAGACAGAAACAAGCCUUUCAAGUUCAAAAUUGGCAAACAGGAAGUGAUUAAAGGCUGGGAAGAAGGCAUGGCACAGAUGAGCUUGGGGCAAAGGGCAAAACUGACCUGUACCCCUGACAUGGCAUAUGGUGAAACAGGACAUCCUGGAGUCAUCCCAGGCAAUGCCACACUUAUCUUUGAUGUAGAGCUGCUGAAGUUGGAGUGACAAAGUCCUUAAUUGAUAUUUAAUUACAAGGGAUGACAUGGGGAUUCUGGGUUUCAGCACUGUGGAAUAGAUCUUCGGCGGCGCAAGAAGCCAGUUAGAAGAAUUUUAUGAUAUUGAUUAAAAAGAUCCCAUCCUAUCAACCUACUUACAUCCCGUUUGUUUUCCUCUCGAUAUUUGGAAUUGUUAGUUUUGACUGCCAGUGUUGUUCAUUUGUAGAUCCUGUGUUUAUGAGAUUAUUCUUUCAAUUUUUAUUGAUUUCUGUAAUGUUUAAUUGCAUGAAAUAUAAGAUAACUUUGAAUAAUUCCAAAUUAUUUGACAAACUUGACUGGGGUCUAACCUAAUUUUUGAAUAGCAAAGACCUUAAAAACGGGCCUGCUAAGAUUUUAUGGAACUAAAGUAAAUGGGCAUUCAUAGGAAACUACAGGACCUGUAUUACCAGUCUUACUCUGAAGCAAGAACUUGUGUAAAACUUAAUUGCUUGUUUAAAUAAAAAAAAGUGAUGUUCACCUUUAAAAAAUAUA